CGUCUCCCCUCAUCUCCGCUCCGCUCCGCUUCUCCGUCCACUGCGGAACAUCGGCCCGUUUUCCUCCCAUCCCUCCUCCAGCGGCAGACCCAGCUCGCCAUGGACAACUCCGGCAAAGAGAAGGAGGCCAUGCAGCUGAUGGCCGACGCCGACAAGAAGGUCAAAGCGUCCGGAUCCUUCCUCGGAGGGAUGUUCGGGGGGAACCACAAGGUGGAGGACGCCUGUGACAUGUACGCCAGAGCAGCCAACAUGUUUAAGAUGGCAAAGAACUGGAGCGCUGCGGGGAACGCUUUCUGUCAGGCUGCUCGGCUCCACAUGCAGCUUCAGAACAAACUGGACUCCGCCACCAGCUUCGUCGACGCCGGCAACGCCUACAAGAAGGCCGACCCACAAGAGGCCAUCAACUGUCUAAAUCAGGCCAUCGACAUCUACACUGACAUGGGUCGGUUCACCAUCGCAGCCAAGCAUCACAUCACUAUAGCAGAGAUCUAUGAGUCUGAGCUGGUCGACAUUGAGAAGGCCAUUGCUCACUAUGAGCAGGCAGCAGAUUACUACAAGGGAGAAGAAUCCAACAGCUCAGCCAACAAAUGCCUCCUGAAGGUCGGACACUACAGUGCUCAGCUGGAACAGUACCAGAAAGCUAUUGAAAUCUAUGAACAGGUUGCAAUGAGCACCAUGGACAAUCCUCUGUUGAAGUACAACGCUAAAGAGUAUUUCUUCAAGGCCUCACUGUGUCACUUCAUCGUGGAUGAACUGAAUGCAAAGUUGGCCAUAGAGAAGUACGAAGAGAUGUUUCCCGCCUUCACAGACUCAAGAGAGCUCAAACUGCUAAAGAAACUCCUAGAAGCCCACGAGGAGCAGAACAGCGAGGCGUUCACGGAGGCGGUGAAGGAGUUCGACUCGGUGUCUCGUCUGGACCAGUGGCUGACCACGAUGCUGCUGCGCAUCAAAAAGACCAUCCAGGGCGACGCCGGGGACCUGAAAUAGAUUGAUUUAGAGGGGGAACGAAGGGAAGGGCAGGUAGAGGAAGAGUAGAAAAAGAUGUGAGGGAGGGAUGAGUGAGUUUACAGUUGUACAUAUCAGUCUGCAUGUGACCCCCAACGAGCUAAGCGUCACCUUUAAACCACCGUUAGAAACCCCGUGUCCCCGCUCCCACAGUAUUGCUCUCGUAACACUGGACAGAACCGUACUCGAAGAGAAAGAGAAAGUGUGCGUGAAAGAGAGAGUGUGUGUGAGAGUGUGUGUGUAACCAACACUAUCUGAUGGGAACGUGUGCAACCUACAUGAGAUUUAAGGAUAUAUGUUAAUGAAAAGGGAUAAAAAAAAAUUAUAUUAUUUAUGAGAUUAUUGAUAUUUAUUGUCAAUACUGAACAUAUUUAUUGUUUAUUAUGGUGCUCAGUGUUACGAUUUGUCUUAAUAUUUUAGGUAUUAGCCCCUCUACUCCCCCCUCCUCAUCUGUUCUUCCUCCCCCUCGUCCUCGCCUCGACCCCCCCCAACACACGAGUCAGUGGUAUCACCCAUUGUGAUUGGUUGUGUUCAAGCCAACGGUGGGUCGGCGCAGUUAGCCGCCGGCGCCGCCUUGUUUGUGCAUGUCUACUGUCAUGUUGAUGUAAGUGUUCUCCGUGUCGUGCUAACGUGUGAACAACAUACAUGUAGCCUGGUAUCAUUUGUGUGAAAUCAGUAAAUAUGUACCUCAGAGUUGAAAUAAAAACAUCGCCACUAUGGAAA